AUGGCCGAGGAGUCGCACCUCAUCUUCGACAUCCCGCAGGACGAGAUCGUCGUCAGCUCCUCGCUGACGCGCAUCAGCAGGGUGCGAGCUGGCGGCGGAAGCAGCCGGGCCCCACUGGAACACUUCAGCACCAGCGCCCUCGGCCGCGUCGACGACUCGGUCCAGGAGGAGCCGUUCGUGCGCAUCGCCGCCGACCAGCCAGAUCCGGCGGACGAGCACCAGCGCAACGCCAAUCGCGCCGACCGCGCCAGGCCCAACUCCGAAUUCGGCAGCGCCGUCGGCGGCAGCAGCGUGCGAGCCAUCAGUUUCCUGCUCAUCUCCGUCGCCUGCCUGCUGCUCAUCGGUUCCAUGAUCCUCACUGACGUCACCAACAAGGACGCCAAGGAUGCGGCCGCCGCCGCCGGCGUAGAAUUCGAGAAUAGCACCGAAGUGUCCAACGCGGAGUCCGGGGCCAGCGACCGCGCCGACGCCACGGCACCACCCAAAGCGUCGCCCGAUGGUGUCGAAGGCAACAGGCUCCUUCGGUCUCCCGAGGAGGACCGCAAUUUGUUCAAGGCGAGGCGAACGGCGUCCAGGCACUCUCGAGGACCUCGGAAGAGCCUUCACCGUCUCCUGAAAGGCUCCAAGUGCACGAGCAAGGCGUGCGUCGAGCAAGGCACCAAGCUUGUAGACGAACUGGAGCCCAAGAUCAGACCCUGCGACGACUUUUACCAGCACGCGUGCGUUCGCUGGCAGCACCGGCAGCCAACGAACGUGCAGAGCGACCGCCUCUCGGUCGACUACGCGCUCAUCGACCUCUUCGGCGAGCUGCUGGUCAACGUGAUCCGCUCGGACGCGACGCCGUUUCCGGAGCUCAAGUUUUUCAUCGACGAGUGCGUCCGGCCGCAGCCGAACCUCUUCCGGAACGUGAGGGACGCCAUACUACGCCAUCUCGACCUCAAGGGUUGGCCGUACGAGGUGGACAGCACCAUCCCCGACCAGACGCUGUCGGCAAAAGUGGGCAGGGUGUUUUCCGAGAUUGGUCUCGAGACGCUCUUCAGCGUGUAUCGCGGUCUCACUGGCACUGUCAUCGGCCAGCCGCGCAAUCUUUUGCUUCGUCACUUCCUCGGCUCGGAACCGCAGCUCGCUGGGCGUCUGGUCGGCAAGGCUUACGAGGCCCUUCUCCAGACUAUGGCGAAGAAGACGGCCGUUCCGUUCGAAGAGUCGGCGAUGACGAAUGUAACGGCCGUCGAAAUUCUGCUUCGCCGAAUGCUGAACUCCAACCGGGCCGUUAUAGAUGCUGGACGCCUUAAAAACUGCUCAACGCGUCAGAUGAUCGACCUGCCCAGGCUCGGCACCGUCAACAUGCACAGGUUCCUUGAAGAUGCGGUGGGCGCGGAUUCGGCGAUGUCAGAGACGACCAGCGUCCGCCUUUCGGACACUGAUUACUUCGACCGAAUGCGCACCCUCGCUCUGACGAAGCACGACCUACUCAAUUACGUCACCUAUAGAGUCGUCCUUGAGCUGACGCCACUGAUAAGCAACUGGACACUCCGGUCAACGCUCGCCUCCGUGGCCUACUCCCGUUACGCAGAGUUCUCCGAGCGGUUAGACCCGGCUCAGAUGUGCGUUCGCUUCCUGGAACGCUACGAGCCUGUGGUGCCGCUUUACCUGUCGUUCAAGAGGGCCCUCGAGCUAUUAGGAGGUCCCUCAGUGAUUCGAACCGUGCUGGACGUUCUAAAGAACACGUUUCUCACCGACCUCCAAAAUUCCACCAUGUUCACGAACGCCUUCAAGCAGCACGCGACCAACCAGGUGAAAGACAUCUACUGGGAGGCCCUCAUGCCGUACUGGCUGUCCGAGCAAAAGGCCGCCGAGUCGUACGCCGACGGCCUGUAUACCAACAACCCGCGGCACCCAGCACCGCACUUUUUCUACUUCUGGAUGCGCACUUCGGCCCAGAGGAAGCGCGACUUCCUCUUUGGCAACAAGACCUCCUGGACGGGCGGCUUCCUGAACGCGUGGGCGACGCUCGACCCUCCGUACGACCACCUGGAGAUACCGCUGCCCGUCUUCGACUUCAUGAUGCCCAACGACUCGAGCAUCGCACACCUUCACCUCCCGCGCGUCGGCCCGCGAGUCUACCGAGAGCUACAGCGCUUCCUGUGGCACGAGGCCAUCAACUUCGACCUCGAGCGACCGGCGUCCGAGGAGUCUCACUACUUCGACCGCCUGCGGCGCUGCCUGGAGAACCAGUACCGGGACAUCGACUUCAACCCGAGCCGCGUGCCUUUCAACUCGGCCAAGACGUCGGACUCGGACCUCCUGGACCUGUUGGCAGUCCGCACGGCGUUUCACGCCUACCUUCGACAGCUUGGGGCGCACGACGGCGACUACCGGCUGGCCGGAGCGCCCAACCUGAGCGGACAGCAGCUCUUCUUCCUGUACUACGCGCACAGCCACUGCGAGCGGCUCAACCCGCGCUUCGCGGUCAAGCUGAUGACCAACGGGCCGGUCAGUCCCGGGUGGUACAGGGUCAACGGCCCGCUGCGAAACAUGCCCGACUUCGCCAUCGCUUUUGGCUGCCCGCCGGGCACCUCCAUGAACCCGGCCGAUAAGUGUCUAUGA